AUGCCUCCACAACUUGCUUUUCUCCACAAGUCACAACCGCAACAACAACAACCAUCAACCACCACCACCACUUCUUCUUCCAUAACCACCACCACCACAACUACCACUCCCGAUCUGAAUUCAUCUUCCUCCUUAUUACCCUUCCCAGCACACAUCAAUCCCAAACAAUUCAAACCGUUAGGAAUUUCAAAACUCAAUUCUCAUCACGGAAAGACAUCAUGCAUGAUGAACCAACGUAAUAAUGCAAUACCAACAACAAGCAACAGUGCAAUGAUUGCAACAACAACUCGUCCAAAUGCAUCCAUCCGAACCUUUUCCGAAAAGAACACACCACCAAACAUGACCAAAAGAAGAAGAAGCUUCAAUAGUGGCAUCAGCAGCACUCUUACUUCUCUUCCAUUUCAUCAUCAUCAGCAUUCUCUUUGUGAUCAUCACCAGCAUUCAUCAUCGACACAAGGCACCUUCCUCACGAGUGGAAUCAUCACUUCAGGUUUGCAGUUCUCGAGUACAACAUCUUCAGUAUUGAGAGCCGUUGCAUCUUCCUUGUCAAUCAACUCCUCUUCUUCAGUAGUCAUGAAUAAAAGAGCGAAACCCAUGCAUUAUUUGACAAGAUCCUUUCAUGUCAAGUGUAAUUUACAUUCCUCAAUGAGUUCACAGAAUUCUGCUGCUUCUUCUCCAGAAUUUGAAGAUCUACAUGUAGAUGUUUCAUCCCUAUUCAAUGUUCAAGGACAUUCUAAUUCUAGAAUGGUUCGCCAUCAUGAUGAUGAUGCAGAUGAUCAUGAAAUGAAUCCUAACAAGUGUUGUUCAUCAUCACAAGUACCCAACAGGAAGCAACAACAACCUCAACAGUCACCAUCCUCAUCGGAUCAUCCUUUUGACAUGCAAAUCAGUAGUAGUAAUAGUGACAAUGAUGGUGAAGAAACAUUCUCUUCUUGUCAUGAAAAUUUGAAUCAUUCCAAAGAUCAUCCUGAUCUCUCGACGAGCUCAACUCUUCAUUAUGAAACUUUGGUCAAUAAGGCAUUGAGACCUCUUCAUGAAUAUGAAAUUGUCAUCACAAGCAUUGCACGAAGGAGAAUACUCAUUGAAUAUGUGAAUUCUGAAUUGAGUCGAGAAGCUGAAACGUUUCAAAGAGAAUUUUUGAUUCGUGCACAAGUCGAUGCGGAGUGA